UUUUGAGAACUUUAAACUAUUAUUUAUACGUACCUAGUCUAUUGUAUAUUUUUAUUUCUUAACUACAUUAAGUAUUUGCUCCUAACAUUUGCAAUAGCUUAGGAAUUUAGAUCGAUAGAAAUAAUCUUUGAUAUUAAGCAAUUCUUAUAUACUAAACUUAGGUGUACUAUACACCGACCUAUAGUUGUAAGCUCUUCAGUGUUGCUUUCCGUACCAUUAAAUUUUGUGUAUUCUAAAAUUGUGUAACCAAAUAUAUUUAAGACUUAAAUAAUGCACUCAAAAGUUCUAAUAAUAGUCGUUCUAUGUUUAGCGGUGUUUUACUGUCAAUCAGUGGUUUCCUUAAAAACUGGCUACAACGGACUAUUCCAUAUGCAGCUGACCGGAUACAUAUUUUACCAGAGAAUUAUUAUGGCUGGUGACGUCAUAGAUAUGAUCAAAGGGUACAACACUAGGGCAGGAGUUUAUACGUUGUACGUAUUAGAUAAAUCCAAAAUCGGUGCGUUAUGGUUGCUACACUUAUACACGAGAAUGGUGAUAGGAAGCUGCGAUUUUUCGUGUACAGACGUGAAUAAAGAAAGAGAGAAAGCAAGAAUUAUUGCGAAGAUGAGUGCCACCCACGGUUACGUCACUGACCUAUUAAAAAAAGAAACCGAAACCGAAAGUUGUCGCCCAGGAAAUUUGUUUGAUCGCUAUGACGAAUGGAUGGACUCCCAUAACUGGUCACCCAAUAUAGGUCAAAUAAAACAGGCGCUUGAUGAAAACUGUGAUGAGUUCCAUUCUAUGGUAAAGGCGAACAUGAAUGAAUUGCCUCCCGGUUUGAAUUACGAGUCGUUUAGAUUCAGAGAGUUAUUCAUGAACAGCUUUGGCGGUAACUGUUCAGCCAGAUUGGAUCUGAUGCACGUGUAUAACGUGCAAGUAAACUGGGCGGACACUAAUGUUCAUCUGCAAAAUGUUUGGACAAAUGCUAAAGCAUUGGAUUGGAAAUCAACCAAAUUACAAACUAUCAAAAAAUACUAUAAAACGCAGUACAAUUUCUUGAAAGUCAUCUUUUUAAGACUAACUUUGAAACACUUACUGUACAUAGAACAAUUGUCCGGUCAUACUCAAGUGUCUUACUUGGAACAAUGGCACCAUUUGGUUCUCGAAUUCGGAAAUAUGUUGCACAUUAGGGAUGACCCUCACAUCGCUGACUUGCUUAUCGCUUUAGCUGGCCUAACGAAUCCGCAGGAAUGCAUCAAUAAUGUAAAACUUUAUCUGGAGGCAGUUCUGGAUUUGAUUUGUAAGACACUCAAGUGCAACGCGACUAGUUCAAUGAAUUUAGACGGUCAAGAAUUUAAGUUACCAUGUAGAAGUAUUGACCAAGAUAUAGCAAAUUAUGUACAAUCCGUAAGUAGACAGGAACCGGUUGAACUCAACAGUCUAGCCAACGUGAAAGCUUUUAUGUUACAUCUCACCAAGAUUUUCAUAAAUGUCGACUUUGGUGUGAUUCAUUCGCUCAUUGAGUACAUCAAAAAUAAUUUCAAAUGAAUUUAGUUGGUUAAACUAUAAAUUCAUCAAUUGUUAUUUAGUAGGUGUGUUAUUUAAUAAUAUAGCUUACAACAUUUGUUUUUAAUUAUGUGACAAUUGUAAUGAAAUAAAAUGAAAAUACACCUGUUGAAGUUGUUGUGAUUGUAUGAAAUCUUAUUAAUAAAUAAUUAAGCUUCUAUUACAUAAUAUUAUUUUAUAAAUUAAACCGUUUACUUCUAAUGUUUAUGAU